ACGGCGCGGGAGAGUUCCGAACCGCCACCGUUUCAUUUUUGCCGCUGCAAAAAAACCCCGACCUUUUGGAUUGCAGCGCCUGAAAAACUUUCCUCUUCCUUUUGCGUCCAUCCAUCGCUCUGGUGGAACUUUAAUAUAAACACACACAACACGCGAAGCCGGCAGAUAUGUCCGAAGCCGCAAAUAGCCCGCAGCAGCCUCCGCAGCCUGUGUGUGGGAUUGAGGCUGUGGAGCUCCUCAACUGCGUGGCGUCUCCUCAAUACGAACAAGAUAGAUGCGCCUCUCUAUUGGAUUCUUUGAGAAAAUGCAUCCUAUCCAAGAAUGUGAAGAAGUUCACACUAGCUGGUGAGGGACAGCCACAAACACACCCCAAGGCUGCAAAGGAAAUGGAUUUGAAUUCAAAGGUUGCCAGAGGAACUAGUUAAACGAUUUUCAACCUGGGCACACAUUUAGUAUUGUGUUCAUGAGUGACAGUUUUUGAUAUAUGAUUGACAGAAAUAGCGAAAUACCAUUCAUAUUCUUGUUCAGUAGUUCGCCUCACCGGGAAGUAAUCUGAUGUGUACCAAAAAAUUUUGAGCCUGAGCUUACUGAGGCAUAUUUGGGCAAUUCAAUUGCACUUUUAACUCGUCUCUGUCGUUACUGUUCUGCAGUUGCCUUAACAGCAGGUUACAUGGAUGUGAAUUGUCCUACUAUAUAUAUUUUUGUGGA